CCGUUUACGGGCCUGCAAAAAUAAAGCAGGUGUUUUCAAAAAACAUUGUUUUUUUUUUCGAAAAUUGUAGGGGCUGAAAACUGACGAUGAGUGACGAGGAACAUUACCCUGACGAACUACAAUUUCAGAAGAACAGCGAAUUCGCAGUGUUAAACUAUGAUCGAGUUGGUGCCGGGCGGGACGAAGGAAACAGCCAAACAUCUUUUAAUAAGCCAUGUAAUAAACUACUUAUCAACCUCGAACGUUCGGUCCUUACGAGAAAAUCUCAAACCUUGGGCUUGCCAUACUGACCUCGCUAUUGCUCGGUUAAUACGGCGAGGUCUUGGUUUGAAAUUUUCCCGUAAACACCUCACUUUCGCUUAAUAAGUAGUUCAUGUUUUUCUUUAAGUAUUUAAUUGCGUCUGUUAACUGUUUUAAAUGAGUUAGACCAGCAGUGGUCGAAAAUUUCCAAUAAGUAAACUUUUUAAGUAUUUGCAUCAAACGUUAAGCUCGAAGGUCUCUUCUCGUAAUCCGUACACAGCAUCUUUUCCCAGUGCUAGACAAUUAUCAUAAACCUGCCAAACAUCAAUUCUCAAAUAAAUUUUAAACAAAUUAAACACUAACCAUUUUUAUUUAAAACUACCUAACCAUCAGGGUUUCUCAUUCUAUCCUAGCCAGAGGACAUCUGAAAGGAAGCCGUUUUGUACUCAUUUAAUCGCAAUAAAGAACACCUUCUCUCAUAAAGAACAUUUAACGUUCGUUUGACAGUUCAGAAAAAUGGAACCAAAGCUCGCCGCUUUACUGAAAGAAAUUAAAUUACAAUCCAUCAAAAUACCCUCUCUGGUGCGUGGUUCGGUAGCCCAAAUGAGUCACGCAAUGUGAGUUACUCUGGCCAUUUUAAAGCGGUGUACAUCAGGCUUUUCUCGAGCGAUUAUCUCCCCAGUUUUCAGACUUCAAAUUUUAAAUUCUCACCUUUAGUAUAACUGAGACUAACCAAGAAUCCCAAAAACUACACGGGAUUUUUUUAGCUUUUAUUUUCUUUUUUAGUAGUUUUAAGUCUUGCAGCGUGGCUAUGAAAUCAGGUGAGGCAUUUUGUCGACAUCUUUGAGCGAUAGCUAACACCAUAACUUUCAUUUGGCUUCAGACAUAUUUAAAAAUGCUUGCCUGGAACAGUACAGUACAGACGGACAUUCAAGCCACAGGACCUCGCCCCAGCCACAUAAAUAUCUGCAAUUUUACACCCCUCUUAUUCCAGUCUUAAGGAUGAAGAUCUAUCCUAUAUGUUCUCAGUCGCAUCCGAACGUCGCCCAUUCUCCUUGAAAUAUAAACUGUUCACUACCAAAAAUCCACGCUUUUUAUUCAUCUUUUUUGUGAUCAAAGGGACGUUUUUGGAUUACAUUUGUAACGGCUAUUGCAAUCCCUUUACCGGUGAAAGUGGAGGAAACGGUUUGAUUAAUUACGAAGCAAGUGUUUUCAUUUCUAACUCCAGUCUAAACGUCGCAUCUCUCACCUGAUGGAGAUCACCGUAAGGCAUUCCUUGAACCUUUCCCGCUGUCCUUCUAUGUAACCUCCACUGACAAAUACCCGUAGUUAUGUUUAUGUUUGUUAAUCAAACAGGCAUUACGGAUUGCACUUUAUUGGUGAAAGCCGAGGAGUGGGUCCCAUUAAUUACCAAUCAGCUGCUAAAAUGUCAGAGCGUAGCCUAAACUUUUCCGUUAGUACCGGAACCCGUCGUCAAAACUGCAAACAAAAGAAAUUGGAAAAGAAACUGAGUAUUUGAGUAUUUUAAAAUUUCUUGAACUAAAUUGAAGGACAAACAGGGCUAUCCGAAUUUCAACAAAAACUCUGCUGCACCUCAAAACUCAUAUUAAAAGUCUCCAAACAUGGUUGUCACUGAGAAGUGGAGCACCAUCUUCGUAGUAAUUGAGUUGGUGGUGUGCUUCUUAGGAAUAACGUUUAACGGAGUUGUGAUUUUCACGAUUUGUAGAAAUGUUCAUCGACGCAUCUCAGCACCGACCUAUCUUAUCCUCAGUAUCGCGGUGAGUGAUUUUCUUUCUUGUGCGAUACCUGUUCCAUUGUCCAUUGCAAGACAUUUCCAAAACGAAUGGCCGUUUGGUUUCGCUGGAUGUCAGGCUCAUGCGUUCAUGAUAUUUCUUCUCGCUCUUGUCUCGAUCACCCACUUAGUUGCCAUUUCAGCGGGGAAGUACUUGACCAUAACAAGAUCUCUUUCCAGGGAUUCUUAUUUCAACAAGAAAAAAGUGAUUUUGAUUAUCUUGAGCUCUUGGAUCUACUCACUGACGUUCAGCAUGGCACCAUUGGUAGGCUGGUCGAGAUAUGGCCUGGAAGGAGCAAAUGUUACGUGCUCAGUGAGAUGGGAUUCAUCUCUUCCAAGCGAUCAGGCAUACUUUGGAGUUGUCAUUUUCACUUGCUACUUUUUGCCUCUGGCCGUGAUCACCUUUUGCUACUACAAGAUCCAUCAGGUUUCCAAACAGAUUGUUUUCAACACUUCCCAUAGUGGCGGCUUAGCCAUGACUGCAACACAGGCCCUUCUCAGGAAGCACCAGAAAUCUGCUGUUUAUUUCUUAGCUAUCAUAGCCGGUUUUCUGAUCCCUUGGUCACCUUAUGCUGCAGUGUCCCUUCUUUUAGUUUUAGGACGCAAGGUUAGCCCUCUGGCUACCAGUGCAUGUAGUGUGCUCGCCAAGAUUUCGUUUUUCCUUAAUCCAUUACUCUAUGCGAUUUUUCAUCGCAAGUUUCGACGACGUUUUAUCCUUUCUGUUCCUAUAACCAGACCGAACAAAGUUGUUAGGCCAGCUGUUGUACCUUCGGUUUCACGAACACUGGCUCUUUGAACAGAGCGAAAGUCUAUCCUGCUUAAUCUUGAACGAUGUACUU